AUGGCGGAAGAUGAGGAGAAGAAUGUGCGGUCUGCCCCCGUCGAGCGAACAAUCUCCAACACGGACGCGCCUGUCCCCUACCACGAUGCGGAUGGGAACUUUAACCCGCCUGACCGGGGCCUUCUCGCCUGGUCCCAAGUCCUCGCCACCCUGUUCAUCAAUGCCAUGUGCUGGGGGUAUCUCGUUGCCUUCGGCGUAUACCAGCUGUACUAUGUCGAGACGCUCAACCUGCCCUCGUCCCAGGUAUCCUGGAUCGGCUCCAUACAGAUCUUCCUGACCUUUGGAAUAUGCACCGUCUCGGGUCGCCUAUCCGAUGCCGGCUACACGAGGCACUGCGUCGUCGGCGGCUGUGGCCUGGCCGUGCUGGGCACCUUCAUGGUCAGCCUCGCCACCAAGUACUGGCAGAUCUUCCUCGCGCAAGGGGUCUGCACGGGGCUGGGGCUGGGGAUCGCCUUCAUGCCGGCCAUCACGACCCUCAGCUCUUACUUCAAGAGGAACCGGGCUUUUGCGCUCGCCAUCGCCGCGACGGGCACGUCGGUCGGGAGUAUCAUCUUCCCUUCCAUCGUCCAGUACCUGAUCCCCAAGGUCGGCUUCCCCUGGGCCGUGCGGUGCGCCGCGUUUGUCGCCCUGUUCAUCGUGGGGGUUGCCAACCUCCUCCUGAAGCCGUAUCUGCCCCCGCGGAAGGCUGGCCCCCUCGUGGAGUGGGGUGCUUUCAAGGAGCGCACGUACGCCCUCUUCACUCUCGGGGCGUUUUGUAACUUUUAUACCCUGUAUUUUGGUUUCUUCUAUAUUAACAGUUAUGCUCGGACCGUAAUUGGGUUCUCGUCGCAAGAGGCCGUGAGCAUGAUUCUCAUCGCCAACGCCCUCGGCAUCCCGGCUCGCAUCGUUGUGGGGUACCUGGCAGACAACCUCCUGGGCCCGAUCAACAUGUACCUGAUUUCGCUGUGCUACCUGGGGACCAUCACGUACGUGUGGAUGACGAUACAGACCCGGGCGGCCAUGUACAUCUUCAGCGUCUUCUACGGGCUGGCGGUGGGCGCCACCCAGGGCGUCUACGUGGGCGCGCUGGCGAGCCUGACCAGCGACCCGCAGAAGAUGGGGACGAGGUUCGGCAUGGUGUCGACCCUGUCAGGCUUCGCGACCCUGGCAGGGCCUCCCACGGUGGGAGCCAUCAUCGACCAGUCGGGAGGCGACUAUAAAUGGGCGCAGGUGUGGGGUGGAACGCUUGCCUUUGGGGCGGCACUGGCCGUGUUCGCUUCUCGCACGGCUGCGGUCGGCUUGAAGUUCAAGGCUAGGCUGUGA